UGCGUGACGUAUAAUCCUGUGGACGGCACCGGAUGUUUCUUCAACAACAACAGAGCUACUGAUUCAACCACCUCCGUAGCAUGCUAGCCAACAUGAAUUCGAAACAUUGAAGCUCUGAAUAAUUGUGUAACUACACGAAUCCCAGUGUUUUAAACACAGCUCUGUUAACGAAUGUACUAGUUGAUUUAAACUUAAUUCGCUUGCUAAAUUUGCUACGGAGCCUAGCACCAAGGUAGUCGAUAAUGCUAGCUAGCUAACAUCCCCGACCAUGAACUCACAAAGUUACUCCCCCCCUGCUAUGAAAGAGGUCUGCUGGAUGGAGAAAGAAGCUCUUAGGCUGAAUGUUGUCGUAAAAGAGGAAGAUGAUGAUAUUACAGUGAAAGGAGAGGAAGAAACAUUCAGAAUGAAAAAAUAUAAAAUGGAGGCUAUCACGUUGAAAGAAGAAGAGGAUGUGAAAGAAGAGAAAAUACCGUUUGUUGUGAAAAAGGAAGAGGGGAUAGAGGCUGUCACAGUGAAAGAAGAGGAGCAACCGUUUGGAGUGAAAGAGGAGGAGACUGAAGAUCCGAUGAACACAAAGCCCAAAACAAGGCAAUAUGCUCUUUUCUGGCCCUCCCAGAGCUCUACGUUGAAAGAGGACAUCAGAAAGAUAAGGGAAGAAUCUAGUGUGGCAGCCAUGAGUCCCAGACAGUUUGGUGGUGGAGAUGUCGACGCCAUUCACUGCAACGGAGAACGGGACAUGAAGGACAACGAUUGGUUUCCUAGCAACAGACUGGAGGCGGAGUCGGCUCCAGAGAAGUACAAGCCAGCGCAGAGGGAGGGUGGUGACCCAUCCCCCUCCCCUUUCCCUGAGUCCCCAUGUUGUGCCUCUCCCGGUAGUGCCUUAAUGUGGGGUCUGAAGAGGGUGUCUGUGCGGCUGGUGAACUGCAGGAAAACUCCAGGGCUGAGUGGAACUGUGAGAGAAGGAGAAGAGGGAAAUUCAGAUUCAAUGUCAUCAAGAGAAAGACCAGACUCAGAGGAACCAGAGCCAGAGACAUCAGCGAGACGACACCACUGCUCCCAGUGUGGAAUGAGUUUUACCCGGUUAUUACACGUGAAAAGACAUGAGAAGACACACACAGGAGAAAAGCCCUUCCACUGCUCCAAUUGUGGACAGAGUUUUACCAGGUUAUAUAGCCUGAAAAGACAUGAAAGGACACACACAGGAGAAAAGCCUUUCCACUGCUCUCAGUGUGGAAAGAGUUUUACCCGUUUAUGGCACUUGAACAUGCAUGAGAGAAGGCACACAGGAGAGAAGCCUCACGACUGCUCCGAUUGUGGAAAGAGUUUUACCCAAACAUGGCACCUGAAAAUGCAUAAGAGAAUGCACACAGGAGAAAAGCCCUUCCUCUGCUCCUAUUGUGGAAAGAGUUUUGCCCAGUUAGGGAGCCAGAAAGAACAUGAAAGAAUACACUCUGGAGAAAAGCCAUUCCAGUGCUCCCAUUGUGGAAAGAAUUUUACCUGGAUAGGGAACCUGAAAACUCAUGAGAGGACACAUACAGGAGAGAAGCCUUUCAACUGCUCCUUGUGUGGAAAGAGUUUUACUCAGUUAGGGGGCCUGAUCAAACAUAAGAGAAUACACAAAGGAGAGAAGCCUUUCCACUGCUCCCUGUGUGGCAAGAGUUUUACUCAGUUAUGGACUUUAAAAACACAUCAGUGGACACACACAGAAGAAAAGCCUCACACCUGCUCCCAGUGUGGAAAGGGGUUUGUUACGUUAAGGGGCCUGAAAAAGCAUGAGAGAAUACAUACAGGGGAGGAGAAGCCUUAUCAAUGCUCUCAUUGUGGGAAAGGUUUUGGACGAUCAGGGUAUCUAAAAGUGCAUGAAAGAACACACACUGAAGAGAAACCAUAUCAAUGCUCCCAGUGUGAAAAUACAUUCUUCUCACCAGGGGACCUGAAAAAACAUGAGAGAACACACUCUGUAGAGAGGCCUUUCCAAUGUUCCCAGUGUGGAAAGAGAUUUAUUCAGUCAUCACAUCUGAAAGAGCACACAAGAAUACACACAGGAGAAAAUCAAUUUCAAUGCUCUCAUUGUGGAAAGGGUUUUACCAGGUUAAGGAGACUGAAAACACAUGAGAUGACACACACAGGAAAAUAGCUUUUCCACUGCUCCCAGUGUGGAAAGAUAUUUACCUAGUUAGGGAACCUGAAAGACCAUGGACCACACACUGGGGAGUUGCCUUACAUCUGCUUCCAGUGUGAAAAGAGAGAUUUCACAUAAACACAGGCAGUUUAGCUAGGUAGUUGGCUAGGUAAUUAAACUAGCUAGCUGGCUAGGUAGUUAAGCUAGCUAGUUAAGCUGGCUAGGUAGUUAAGUUAGCUAGCAGAGAGAACAGUCUAUGACCCAGGGUGCCUGGAGUCUUUGACAAUUUUUGGGCCUUCCUCUGACACCGCCUGGUAUAGAGGUCCUGGAUGGCAGGAAGCUGCGCCCCAGUGAUAUACUGGGCCAUACGCACUACUCUAUGUAGUGCCUUGCGGUCGGAGGCCGAGCAAUUGCCAUACCAGGCAGUGAUGCCCUGCUAUCGGGGUUAUCAUGGCAACGUUGGGUCUUAUUCUUCUGGAUCAUUUUGAUCAAACAAAGGAAAUCAUGCUGUCAUGACGUCAUGGUGUCAUGACGUGCCCUUGGGGGGGGAUCAUAACCCCCCCUCUCGCUCUCUCUCUCUCCACAGUUUUAUGACGAUUCGAAUGGUCGGUGGGAAAUCAAGGAAUGUCGAAUUUGUUUCAUUUGGUGACCUCAUGAAAGACAGGAGACCCACAUUACUGUAUGUUUGUUUGUAUACACUUCUCAACUAUGGG